CAUGACAGCGGGAAGCCGCGGCCGGCCCCGGCAGCGCCCCGGGCCGCGGCUCUCGCCCGGGAGGGGCGGCCAGGACUCUGUCAUGCAGGACCCUACCCCGGAACGCGCCGAGGAGAGCCGGGCGGCGGCCUCGGCGGAGGGCGGCGGGGCCUUCUGCCUGCAGAGGGUGUUUGAGGAGGUGCAGGGCUCCUCGCAGCUGAGCGCGGCGCCCGCGGAGCCGCCGGCCGUGACGGUGGUGGCGGUGGAGCGGUACCUGGCGCAGGCGCCGCCCGCCGCGCCCCGCCAGUACUGGUACGACGUGACGCUCGCGGACGGCGCGCACUGGCACCGCUGCCACCUCGCGCCGCGCCUCAACGGGCUGGUGCAGCGCGCGCGCCUGCGGGCGGGCACGCGCCUCCGCCUCACGCGCUGCUCGUACCGCUACGACGAGAGGCGCCUGAACCGCGGCUUCUUCUGCCUGGAGGGGCUGGAGCGGGCGGGGGGCACGGCCACCGCCACCGCGGGCACCCCGCCCGACGGGCACCGCCCGCUCCAGCCCCUCCGCGGGGACAAUAGGCACUACUUGCCGCUCUGGAACAACGAGGAUCCCUAUGGAGACGUGUGGGUACCGGACAGGCCCCCGGUGCAGGUGGAUGUGGAUGUCUCCAAACUGACUAAUCUUGGUCACCUGGAAAUGACAUGGAGAAGCAGAGUGCAUUUCCAUCCACUUCUUGUGAGAAUCCUGCACAAAUCUAGACUAAGGUACUAUGGAAAACCAGAGAAAAAAAUGGAUAUGCCUUAUCAGGCUUACUUUGAAGUUGCUGAUGGCUCAGGCAUGAUGUCAAUGGUUUUGUGGAAUUCUCUGUGUCCUGAGUGGUAUCACAGUAUGAAGGUUGGCACAGUGCUCCUCCUUGCCAAGUAUGCCAUCAAAUCCAGUUACCCGUUUAAAACACACCCCACCCCAGGGGAUUCACAGAUGAAGAGAUUUGCUACAAUUGAAAUUUGCCUUAAUGUUCGAGAUCCUCCUACUGAAAUCAGUAUUAUUCCAGAAGAAAUGGUUAAGCCAGAAUGGGGAUUACCUGAAGUUAAAUAUAGGUUUAUCACAAGGUCAGAGCUGGAUGACUUACCGCACAAUCAUUCCUGUGAUGUUAUUGGUCUUGUGACAUUUGUAGGAAGGGCUGAGCGAGCCAGAAAAAGAGAACACAGUGAAGACUUCUGGCUGUAUCGUUGGGCACAUGCCAUUGAUGGGACCUCAGACCAACCAUUCAUACUGGAAUUGUUUGCAACUUCUCAGCCAGAUGUGUUUGAGCGUAUUCAUCCAAUGACAUACUUGGUGUGCACACAGAUGAGAGUGAUGACUGAGAAUCCUUCCAGGACAGUUUACCUUACGACUUCAAAUGAAAGUCAAAUAUUCAUUACAGGGUGGCACAAGGGCCAGCCAUACACCAAGGAUGCCAAAGUGAAAAACUUUAUUCAGUGGACGAAAUCGCAAAGUGAAGCUGAUCAAAUAAAGAAAACUGUCAUCGGUGGCUAUUACCCUUUUCCACGACCUCCUGAUAGCUUUUUGAAAUAUUGUAAAAACAAUGAAGUUGAAUCAGUUUUGAAACCCAUAGGUGAAAUAGGGAAGGAGAUUGAGGACCUGCACUACAGAGAACACAAGCGAAUUGCUGUUCAGGGAAUAAUUAGUGCCAUAAGAUACAUCAGCUGUAGCAAUACAGCUGAAGAAGCCCCAGGAGGGGAAAUGGUCCAGAAAGAUACCUCUCAGUCUCUUGGAAGCUCUUCUGUGUCCAAAGAAGACUGUGUUGACAAGGGAAAAAAUGAAGUUAAGUCUUUUCUGGGGCCACCCUGCACUCCUGAGGAACAUCAGCACCAAGCUCUGCUCUCAAAGGGGAGUUCAGUCAAGAGAAAGGCAACACGCAGAUCCAGAAGAGAUGCAGAACAGGGAGGUACAUCUGUUAGUCCUGUAUCAUCUUGCCCCUAUUUUACACGGACUGUAAGAAGAAAACUUGGCUUAGAUGAAUAUCAGCAUGGACAUUCUGUGCAAGAUAAAAAUGAACAGGCUGUGUCAGACAGUUCGCAGUAUUGCACAGAUCAAGAAGGAGUGAAUAAUAUAGCUGAAACUGAAGAGCCUGGAAGAACUUGUGGUUCCUGGCAGAGUGACCUGUGGGCACAAGUGAAAGACAAGUUAAUGAAUUAUUUUCAUCACAGCAAAAUUUUCCCAGAAAGUAUCCCAUGUAAAUUUGAUUAUGUGCACAAAGACUUACUUAUGCAACAGUACAACCUUCAUGCAGCAGUGCACCAGCCAAUAGAAGCCAGAACAGAUAAAAACAUCAAUGAGUUUAAAAGUGCUAAUGGCCUUGGAUAUUAUGAAGUGACAGUUCUGGGUAUAAACCAUGACAUAGCAAUAGAUGUUGCUUUUCUUCCACUGUUUUGCCCUGACAAUCCCCACUUAUUUCAACUGGACGACAUUCAGAAUGAUAAAUUAUUGUCUUGUAUGAGUUGUAUCUCUGCAUGCCCGCAGAAGGCCACCAGCAGUGGGAGGCUUCAUGACACAUUUCCUCUUUCAGAUGAAAUUGUAAAAGCAGCGGAGGAGCUUGAUGGCAAACACGUUAUCUGCAUCUUGGACAUGUGUCACUUGGGUGAUGACAAGGUGGAAGUCUUUCUGAGCAAAAUCUACAAGACAGUGGAACCAGGUGUGCUGGACCCAGUGUAAUUUAAUAACUUAAUUUUCAAAUGUAUAUUGUUCAAAAGUAGGGAAAUAAAAUUGCUGUAACUUGAAUACACCCUCUACACAUUGCACUUUUCUAGAACUAGCAGACACAAGUACAAAAUGACAAUUCUUAGGGCAGUUUUAAUGGUCAUCCAUGUAACUGGAAAGGACAAUUGUUGCCUUUGUUUUUCAGACUUGAAACAGAUUAGACAAUGUCUUGGUUGCUGAUGCUCAAGAAGGAUGAAUAGGCAGUACAGUGAGCUGAUCAUUUGGCAGGAUACCAAGGAGUCAAAGUGAUUGUCAGAUGUCUUUCUGUGCCUGUGCACAAACAUACACAGGAAAUGUAUAUAUCUGCAUGAGAACUGAGAAGGGAGGCAAGCAUUCCUAAUAUUUAAGGCAGUGUUUGCAAAAGAAUUAAUGGGCUAUGAUAAAAAUUUAGGCUGGAAUUUAGAAUAAUUUUGAUGAUUAGAAUUUUGAUGUUCUGUAGUGAUCUUUGUUAGUGAAAGCUACCAGAGGCAGCCUAACUGCUCUUUAGGCUUGAAGCUUACUGUGAAAGGGAUUAAAUACCGUGGUGCCUUUAGUACCAUGAUCCAGGAAACCACUUUCAGUUCUUUUCAUCUGAGCAAGGUGCUAUGCUUUUAUAUGUCUGCUUUUGUACACAGUGUGUUAGGUAGUGAGUAUAGCAUCCAAAUGUUUUUAACAUAUUUUAUUCAUUAGUAUGAGUAAUGAAAUAUUUUUAAAACAAUUUUUUUAUUGGAACUUGCUUUGAGCUUUGCAAGAUAAAACUGUCUUUAAGAAAUGCUAAUUAUGGCAGGAUAUACAGUUUGCUACAUCAUUUCUAGGUGUGUUCUGAGAACAUGAAGGAGUUCAGCAAUUAUGAGAAGCUGCUACUUCCACAAAAGCAAAGGACUGUAAAAUUUUGCCAACUUUUUGUCUGUACUGAGGAGCGACUGGCUCCUGCUGGUCCAGAAUCAAGUAGCACAUUUUUCUUCCAUGUUAAACAGCCUCAAAUCACUUAAGGAGCUGGUUUCUUACAAAAUUAUUUUCAAGCAGGAGCUCUUUGCAAUUUGAGUACUUGUCCAUUUGAAAUGCUGCUCUCAAUUCAAUUCUUUGAGAAGAAAGAACUACAGAGACUUGCCAGGUAAAUUGUACCAUUAUUGACCAAAGCCCACAGAGUUAAUUUAUAGGAACAGAUAUAUUCUUAGGCACAUUUUAGCAGCCUAAUUAAUGGUCAUUUGACAGAGAAAUGUAAUUGAUUUUGUUACAUACAAGUUCACAGGCAACUUCAGAUAAAAAGUUAUUAAAUUAAUAACAUUGUUGUGUCUUUCUAGUGUAGUUUACAGUUUAAAAAUAUAUUAAGGUGAACAGUUUAACUUAAAUUGCACUGUGACUAAAAGUCAAUUAAAUGUGACUGUAUUUAUCUAUUUAAUAUGAAUCAGAAGUAUUAGUUCUGGAGCAAUGUUUGUCAACUCAUGCCUUUCAGAGUACCCACAGAAGGCAAAAUGAAAAUAUACCAACCCAAGCAGAGUAGGAUGUUGCUUGCAGUGUUAUUUGUGUCAUUGUGCUGCUCAUGGGUAGGUGAAGGUGGGAGGCCAUUGCUCUGGAGUGAGUGUUACACAGCACUUCGUGUUCCAAACUGAGCCAUGCUGACUGUGUCAGCCAGUGUUUUUUAUUUACAUAUACUUCAGAUGGAAGUCUAAUUUUAAUGAAACUCUUCUUCUUUAAUGAAACUUCCUUUAGGCAAUUUUUAAAGGCAUUGUCUUUGUACAAAAGGGCUGAUGUGGCUGACGUUGUCACAGAGCCACAUUGGUGAGAUGGUCCAGCCACCUUCCUUCACCCCAUACCAUAGAAAUGGAGCCUAAGGCUGUUUGUGGCAUUGCACUGCUUAGUACACUUUAAACAUAAAGCAUUAAUAAUUUCAUCCUCUAUGUUAGGACCUCCUAACUAAAUGAAAUGUCAGAAUUAUGUGGAAUAUAGAUAAUGUUUUAAAACAUUCAAGGAUAUAAUUUUAUUUUACUCAAGUGUUUGAAAUUUUUCGUGGCAAAGCUGGGAAGGAGAGAUAUUUACUCUUGCAGAUUGGGGUGCCAUUGUUGAAGUACAGGCUGUCUGUGUACAGCUGGUGAAUAUCCAAUGCCUGUAGUUGACUUGGAAUUUUACUACUUUGGAUCAUUCUGUAGAGUCACCAUCCUGAUAAAUAACCCUGGACUUAUGAAGUUGAGUUCAGUGGCUGAAGUGCUGCAGUGUUAUUAUGAUUCUACCACUCUGCCUGUCUCCCUGCUCCCUGCCAAUCUAGCACUGGAGCAAAGGUCCUCUGCAAAGAAACCACUUGCUGUUUUACCUUCAUUCAGUGUUUAUUAACACAAGUGUAAAACAAAUUGAUUUUUCAUCUUGAGUCUGUCAAAAUGAUAGUUUUGCCAUGUUGAGCUAAGAUACAGGGUCAUUAUCCCUACAAAACAUCAAAGAGAAUCACCUUUAUUGCUGCUGUGUGUUGCUACUGCUGAGUGUAAAAUAAUGUAAGAGCAAAUUUCUUUACUAUGGAAGGUGUACCUGACCAAAGAACUAUACUCUAAACCAUUACAUGUAUGUUUCUUGUGUUUUCAGCAUUAAUUUCAAAGAAUGGAGGAAGGUAGAGUAUAUGUAGUUAGUGGUACUUUUGAGUGUAUAAAAGUUCCUAAGUCAUAGAUCAUAAAGAUAAUACUAAUUUUGAAUUAAUGUGAUGUAGAAGUUGUGCAACACUG